AAUAAGCUAUGAUGCUCUGGAAGAGGAUGAGAAACAGAUCUUUAUGGAUAUUGCGUGCUUUUUCAUAGGGAAGAAGGCGAGUAUGGCCAUAAGUAUAUGGAAGGCUUCAGGGUGGAGAGCCGAACAUGCACUUCAGACCCUCAAAGACAAGUGCCUUGUUGACCUGCAACCUUGUUUUGAUGGGUAUCAUGGCGACCCAGAAUUUGUUUUGAGAAUGCAUGACCACCUCCGCGACUUGGGCAGAGAUAUGGCAGACAAUGAAAUGAGCAAUUCUCGUCGGCUGUGGCGUCCUACAAAUCUUAGUGAAAUAGAAAACAUUGUGAAGGAGAAGGAAGGAAAGAAUUUCAGAUAUUUCAAUGAAAUUGGUAGCCAAAUGGCAUGUUGUAAAUCAACUGAUUUACAAUGGCUUCAAUUUCGCUUCGAUUGCGGUUAUGAGUAUAUUCCUGAAUGGAUUCCUCUACAAAAUUUGCACACUUUAAGACUUCGAGGAGUAUCAUCUGCGAGAUUGUGGCAGACGGGUGACCGGGUUCCACUCAAGUUGAAAGAGCUAGAUUGCUGGAUUGCGCGUUGUCAUAUUCCAGACUUAAACGAACUAGUGAGUUCGUUUGGAAUGUUAAAACAUCUGGAAUCGCUAUACCUAGGAUCUGAUUUUCAAAUUCAAUCCUUCGAAUGGAAUUGUCUCCUAAAAUAUGUAAGAGAACUCACCAAUCUAAAAACUUUAAAGUUGGAACUCAAUAAGGUAGAAGGGGAAUUCACUUUGAGCAACAGGGGAGGGACAACUGAUGACCAGUUUCUUAUGAGAAGCCUUGAAGCCAUAACUCUGUAUGAUGCAGAGAAAACAAGGAAGGUCUCAAUUAGUGGACAGUUGUGUCCCACCCUUAAAUCUCUUAAGCUUUAUUUUAUGGAAGAUCUAAUUGAAAUGGAUUUAACAGGGAUAACCACACUGGAAUGUCUGUUGCUGGUCAAUUGUGACAAGUUGAGAGAAGUAUCGGUCAAUAAUCUGCUGAAUCUCGAAAUGUUCCGCACAAAAUAUUGUCCGGCAAUGACAGAGUUGCCAAAUUUUGGGCGUCUCAGUUGUCUCAAGAGGAUUUAUAUUAGCCGCUGUAAGAACGUGAGGGAUAUAUCAGCUAUUGAAGGAUUGAAGGGAUUGAAGAGGAUCUGGAUUGCGUAUUGUCCAGAGCUGAAGAAUAUAAAAGCUGUUGAGCAAUUGAAGGGAUUGAAGAGAAUCUGGAUUGAUGGGUGUGAGCAGCUGGAGGGUGUAAUUUGUUUUAAAGAGUUGAAAGAGCUGAAGAGAAUUUUCAUUGGGCAGUGUGCAAGGCUGCAAAACAUAGAAGGUAUUGAGUUUUUAGUACGCCUGGAGAGCAUUAUCAUUGCUGCAUGUCCGAAGCUGCAGAAUAUAAAGGGUAUUGAAGAAUUGAAAGGACUGAAGGAGAUGAUUAUUUCAGACACUUCUACAAUAAGUUGCGUUGAAAGAUUGCAGAGAUUGCCGUUGGAGCUUACAAUUCUGGUGGGAAGACCGGCCAUGUCAGUAGAUGAAGAUGAAGAGUCAUUUUUAAACAAAGAUAAAAUUGGCAAUACAUUAUCUAUGGCGGAUGGUUUCUGUGAAGCAGAGUAUGGUUAUAUGAGGAGGGAAAAAAUAGAGGAGAUGAUCCAUUCGGUUCAUAAAAAAUCCCAAAAUUCGCUCAGUACAUUCAUCUUUUGCGCUCUGCUUGAUCGGCGUCCUUCCAUAGGGAGCGACAUUUGUAAUGGGACCAGCAUUAUGCUUGAGGGGCGACGGUUGAAUGAUAUACAUCUCUGCGGUGAUGGUAAAAAGUGGAUAUACACGUGCGUUGUUAAUGAAGAAAGGCUCUCAAAAUAUGACUCCUGGAUGCCAUCAUAUAUAACGAAGGCGUUACUUACAACGAAGGCGUUUUUAAUGAGAGUGAAGAAAGGCGAGGAAAGGAAAACCCUCCACAUAUUGCAAACCUUAUUUGCUCAACUACGCCUUGGCGAAUAUCAGGAAACAACUGUCAAACUCCGUGAUUGGAUUAAGUAUGGUGAGAUUGAGUAUGAUGAUGUGAAUGAGUAUGUUGACGAGGUUGAAGAAUAUGAUAGUGAUGAUGAUGAUCACAAUGAAGAUGUAAGUUAGUUUUAAUUGAAAAAAAAAUUGUCUUCAAAGUAAAACAUUUUUUUUUAAAUGUGAGGGAUUA